CGCACUCCACGUUCAGAGCGUAAGCGGAGGGAUUCCUUUGGGAUGUUUGAUGGCUAUGACAGCUGUAGUGAGGAGUCAACAAGCAGCUCCAGCUCAGAGGACAGCGAGGAUGAGAUCGUGCCCUCUAUCCCUGCCAGUCUUCCGAUCAUCAAGAACAAUGGACAGGUUUACACUUAUCCUGAUGGGAAGGCUGGAAUGGCCACCUGUGAGAUGUGUGGAAUGAUUGGAGUCAGAGACGCUUUUUAUUCCAAAACAAAGCGUUUUUGCAGUGUUUCUUGUUCCAGGAGCUAUUCUUCCAAUUCCAAAAAAGCUAGUAUAUUGGCAAGACUCCAGGGCAAGCCUCCAACAAAAAAGGCAAAGGUCUUACAGAAACAACCUCUUGUGGCAAAGCUGGCAGCUUAUGCUCAAUACCAAGCAAGUCAACAGCACCAGGCCAAAUCCAAAGCUGUGGUCCCAAUUGAAAGCUUUGACUGGGGUCAGUAUAUCUGUAUCAACAACACAUCUGGAGCUCCAGUCAGCUGUUUCAAGCAUGCCCCAAUGGGGACAUGCUGGGGAGGAAUUGAAGAAGGAGUGAGAAUUGAAGUGCUCAACUCUGACACCAACCACUCCUCUAAAGUCUACUGGAUAGCAGAAAUAAUUAAGCUAGCAGGGUUCAAAGCUCUCCUGCGUUAUGAAGGUUUUGACAUUGACAGCAGUAAGGACUUCUGGUGUAAUCUUUGUAUCCCCGAGGUCCACCCUGUGGGCUGGUGUGCUUCUAGUGGAAAACCCCUUGUACCCCCCAAAAGCAUACAGCAUAAGCAUUCAAACUGGAAAGCAUUUCUUGUGAAGCGUCUCACUGGAGCUAAAACAUUACCGCCCGACUUUAAUGCCAAGGUUCAUGAAAACACACAGUUCCCCUUUAAGAAGCUGAUGCGGGUCGAAGUGGUGGAUAAAAAUUAUCUGUGCCGGACACGAGUGGCCUUGGUGGAGCAAGUGAUUGGAGGUCGCCUCAGGCUGGUCUAUGAAGAAAGUCAGGAUGGGUCUGAUGACUUCUGGUGUCACAUGUACAGCCCUCUUAUUCACAAUAUUGGAUGGUCACGCAGCAUUGGACACCGCUUUAAAAGAUCUGAUGUAACAAAGACAAUUGAAGGUCAAGUUGAUGCACCGUCACAGCUCUUCCAUAAGGUUAGGGAUGUGGACCAAAGUGGAGAUUGGUUCAAAGAUGGCAUGAAGUUGGAAGCUAUUGACCCUCUUAAUCUCUCAGCGAUAUGUGUAGCCACUGUAAGAAAGGUGUUGGCAGACGGGUAUCUUAUGAUCGGAAUUGAUGGUUCUGAGGCGGUUGAUGGAUCAGACUGGUUUUGCUAUCAUGGAACCUCACCUUCCAUCUUCCCUGUUGGCUUCUGUGAAAUCAACAACAUUGAACUGACCUCCCCUCGAGGAUACACUAAGCUGCCAUUUAACUGGUUUGACUACCUCAGAGAAACGGGUUCGAUAGCUGCUCCUGUUAAAUUCUUUAACAAGGACGUUCCCAAUCACGGUUUCCGACGAGGCAUGAAGUUGGAAGCCGUUGACUUGAUGGAGCCACGUCUGGUGUGUGUCGCUACAGUAACCCGAAUUGUACAUCGGCUACUAAGGAUCCACUUUGACGGCUGGGAGGAUGAGUAUGACCAGUGGGUCGAUUGCGAGUCGCCUGAUCUUUAUCCUGUGGGUUGGUGUCAGCUGACGGGCUAUCAACUCCAACCCCCUGCUACUCAGAGUACCAGAGAAAUGUCGCAGUCACUCCCCAAGCAGAAGAAAAAGGCCCAGCAGUAUAAAGGCCAAAAGAAAAACUCACUCCUGCGAAUGGAGGAGGAGAUGAUGGAGGCGGAUGAGUUCAACUUUUCCCAGGGCACCUCUGAUCAAGAGAGUAAUGGCUCAGGCACAUUCUGCAUUAAACAGGAACCCUAA